CCCCGCGCGUCGCCAAGAUGAAAAAUGUGAAGCUGCGUCCGAAUCAGCGCCUGCGGCUCAAGUGCAACGCCCGAAGUCCGUCCCCUAUGCGGAUUUCGUGGUUCAAAGAUGGCGUACCGAUCAGAAGAUCACGACGAGUACGCAUCAAAAACAAAAAGCGGAAGAGGCUGAUGCGUUCGACACUCAUCAUCCGGCGCGCCACAGAGAGUGACGUCGGAGAGUACGUGUGUCGCGCCAAAAACAAGGACGGCUCACGCAGCCAGAAGUCUCGCGUCACCAUGCCGAACCGACCCUCGGACGUCCAGCUGGUCGGGGAGCCGUGCGACAUCCCCUACUGUAUGAACGGCGCCACCUGUACGCUGUUCCGGGCUGUCAACGAGUACGUGUGCGAAUGUGACGAGGGCCACAAGGGCGUGCGGUGUCAGCUGUCGGCAGUGGUCACGAUAAAACCGCCCGGCGUUGCGGCAAUAUCCACCGCUGAGUACCGCCCCCUGGUUCUGGUCAUGGCCGGCCUCAGCCUCCUGCUUCUGUUUGUCGUGCUCGUUGCCGUACUUUGCACGUACAGAAAAAGGCGGGAAGGAGACGAAAAGAGCGCGGUCGCCUUGGCAGGUUCAAAAAACGGUGCGGCGAUGAGACCGGCGUCGCGGCGCCACUCGACAGCUUCGGAGGGCCGGAACCAACAGGUGUCGCCCUGGCGUCGGUGCCACUCGUCGACCGAGUUAAGUGCGGAGGCGCCGGCCGCCGCCCUGCCGUCGGCCGCCAGCGUGCAGCAGCUGGACUCACUGCUGCACUCGCUCGGCGCCGAUUCGUCUGCACGGCCGGCAGCCGGCCCCACGUCCAUACCAAAGAUGCUUAGUCAGUAGACAGUGAACGCGUAGAGACAAGCGCCGCAGCCGACCGUCGGCUCAGAAGACCAAGCACACGUUAAUUUUGAAUUCCAAGACUUUGGCGGAGAGUGAGGGGAGCGCGCGUGAUGCAGCUGAUGCAUAAUGCAAGUGAUAUUUAUUAAACGCUGUUUGGUGUUGAGGCGGUCUCGCGACCACCGGUCGGCGAGAGCGAGUAUUUUUCUCGAGAGAGAGCGCGUGAACGAGAGCGAGCGAGAGAGUUCGAGAGGGCCAGCUAUCGGCAGAUAGCCGCCUUUUCACGGCUUGACACCGCAGGGAAUGUUUAUGCCGUGGACGUUUUUAGUGUUCAAAAUAUCUUUGCGUUGGAAGAUAUUUUCCUAUAUUUGUACAAACUUGAUUUUGACCGCAGUUCCCAGUGCGGAACAGUAGAGCCACAGUGCAGCGGCGUCGGUCGGCCCUGGUGGUGGCUUCACGAACCACGUCCGGGCCGGUCCUGAACUACGAUUGGUCGAGGCGAGCUUGCACUCGCGCUGUCGGCAAGGCUGGUCGGCGCGUCGGAGAUAUUCCGGCUCGCGCAGGCGUGGGCCGCCGUUUGGUACAUCUAGUCACAGCUGAAUAAUAUUAUCUCUAGUUUGGUACGGGAGGUCACCCGUACCCUUCUCCCAGGGGCUCCGGAGAGCGUACAAAAAGAGCGGGCUUGCAAUGUUUGCCUCGCGUUUUGUUGUUUUCAUCUAACCGAGUGCUGCAAAGAACGUAACGUAACGAAACAGUCGUCCGACGGCGUCAACCAUAUUACGUGUCGAUUUCCUGUGCCCCUGUUCUGUCCCUCCGGCAGUACUAAAACUAGAAUAUUAUGUUGCUCAAGCGGUGAAACGUGGCGCCCGGCGCGCGGGCGGAUACUGUGCUGUACAUACGUGUGAGUCGAUCAGUCGUGUAGGACUAUUUAGUUAAUACCUGUGCAGCUAAGUGUUCGUGGUGCCCGUCAACUGUUUGUGAUUCGUCUGUUUGUACAUACACAGUCCAAGCGACUGCUGAUGACGCAGAUGGCGCCGACAGCUCUGCGUUCCGCUUCCCGUCUCUUGCUUGUCGGCCGGCCUUUACUCGCCUUGCUGUUCGCUUCCGCUGUGCUUGCGGCCGUGCGCUGUGCGCUGUGAAUGCGGGCGACGCUGUGUGGUGUCGCCGGGUUGCGCCGUGUCCUGACCAGCAGGGCAGCGACAACCACACCGCGAUCGCCCGGACCCUGCCCGAGGCCCCCCUCCUGCCCGGACCUCCGCGCCAGAUCCUGAGCGAGUCCCCAAUCCGAUCCUGUCCCCGAUCCUCGUCCCGUUUCACGUCCGAGCCCUGUUUGGACCGCUGAGUCCCCGUCCGCUCUCGUCCCACCGCGACCCCGCCUGCCCGCGUCACCGACGCUGUCCUCGUGGUCAGGGGCGCACCUCCCUCCUCCCCCUCCCGAAGCGGCCACCGGCUCGGUCUCGCACAGCGGCCAGAAGCUGCUCGACCCCCGGCCGCGCCCGGACACGGAGCGCAGGUGUCCGCACGUGUCCACACGUGUCCGCACGUGUCCGCACGUGUCCGCUGUCCGCCGCUGUCUGCGCUCUGCCCGGGACCCCGCCCGCUGGCUGGUCCAGGGGCCUGUGCCGGCCGCACAGGUCGGCACCUGUGUGACCUGCGUGACCUGUGUGACCUAUGCCGGCCGCCGGCGCCCGAGCGCAGGCCGCCCGGUCGGGCCGCCGCGUCAGCACGGUCCUCCUCCAGACCGCCAUACAGUGGAGACUGAUGUUUUUCUUGUUCAGAAGUGGCCACAAACAAUAAACUUC